UGUUCUCCAGACACGGGAUAAAGUGUAGAGAGAGAGACAGCAGCUGAAUUUGAAGUUUGAAGUCUCGGUUUCAAUGGCGGAGCACUUGGCAUCGAUAUUCGGAACGGAGAAGGACAGGGUGAACUGCCCCUUCUACUUCAAGAUCGGCGCGUGUCGUCACGGCGACCGCUGCUCCAGGCUCCAUACCAAGCCCAGCAUCAGCCCCACCAUCCUCCUCUCCAACAUGUACCAGCGCCCCGACAUGAUCACCCCCGGCGUCGACGCCCAAGGCCGCCCAAUCGAUCCUCAUAAGAUGCAAGAACACUUCGAGGAAUUUUAUGAAGAUUUGUUUGAGGAAUUGAGCAAGUAUGGUGAGAUUGAGAGUCUGAAUGUUUGUGAUAAUCUGGCUGACCACAUGGUGGGCAAUGUUUAUGUUCAGUUUCGAGAAGAGGAGCAGGCUGCAAAUGCUCUGAAAAAUCUCUCAGGAAGGUUCUAUGCUGGAAGACCUAUCAUUGUUGAUUUCUCUCCAGUAACUGAUUUUCGUGAAGCAACAUGUAGACAGUAUGAGGAAAAUUCCUGCAAUCGUGGCGGGUACUGCAACUUUAUGCAUCUUAAGAGGAUUAGCAGGGAGCUGAGGCGGCAUUUGUUUGGGAGGUACCACAGAAGGCGCAGCCGAAGCAGAAGCAGGAGUCCCUACAGGCAUAGAAGCUAUGAAGAGCGUUCUCACAGGAGCCAUAGUAGGAAGUAUGAUGAUAGGGAUCAGUACUACGAGAGUAGGAGUAGGAGGCACCGAAGCACAAGUCCUGGCCAUCGGAAGGGGCGUAGCAGGAGCCCAGGUGGUAGAAGAGAGAGAAGUCCUGUUAGGGAUGGAAGUGAAGAGAGGCGUGCUAGGAUUGAGCAGUGGAAUCGGGAAAAGGAGCAGGCUGAUCUUGCUAAAAAUGCCAAUGCAGAAGUCCUUGAUCACAAAAGUGAAAAUAAUGAGAGGGGUUAUGCACAAGAUGAGGAUCAGUACUAUGGCCAACAACAUCCUUCACAACGAAAUGGAUAUGCAUACUGAUAUCUCUCUUGAACUGGUUUGUGUCCUUUCCCUUAUGAUUGAAUCUGUUUUGCCGUAUAGGUACAACAAUUCUGUUUCAAAGCAGGGCCACCUAUCCUAUAAAAGUUAGCUUACUGUCCAUUUUCCACUGUGCAGGCGGUGCAGGUUUUCAAUAUUGUGAUAGGGAAUAUAAAUGAAAUUUCUUUCAUAUUUUUAAUAGUAUCUUUGGCUUGCAUGUUUUCUUUGGUCCAAUAGUUGAGUGCUUAAAAACCAUUCUGAAAAUCUUGAAGCCGUUUUCUGCGUUCCUUCUUGCACUUUUAAAAUCUUGAGACCAUUUCCCACCUUUGUAUUUGCAUGCACUGAAAUAAUUUGCCUCAAAUUUCUGUAAAUUCAUUUGGGGGAGUGCAUAUUCUCUAAUUGAUCUGAAGUUGAAUAAACCAUUUCAUAGUAUGAUUAACCAUCUCUCGUUGAGGUCAAGUUCCCCUCACAAAGGGCAUCAAUAAGAUUUUUUUGCAUUUGUUUGCCAAGUGGUGAACACUUUUACUUGUAAGGAUGCUCAAUUAGCUCUUUAAGUCCCCACAUAAUUCAAGAUUUGUGACAUGGUUAACAUCAUUGGAGAAUGCUAUAGCCUUUGCAGAUUAUGGAUCUCUGUUUACAUUCACUCACCUUUGAGUUCAUCUUGCAAAUAGGUCAUCCCAAUAUCCCUUUUCACCAAAACUAAAAUAUGUGGUCCUUGUUUUUUAUCCCUUCCAUCAUUUUCGUUGCUUUCUUGUGCCCUUCAUAUCAUCUUGUAAACAUGAAUACCAAAUCACCCUUUCCUCUUUUUAAACAAAAGUUAAAAUUAGUUUGCCUCCUCCAUUGUUCCUUGUUUUGUAAUUGCUUUUUGUGCAGCUAUAGGACAUCAUACUUAUAAACAUGAAUCCCAAAUCGCUUCCCUCUUUUCUAAACAAGACAUUAAGGUUGCCUCCAUUAUUGUUCCUUGUUUUUUAUUUGCUUUUUGCGCAGUCAGGUUGUCCUGUGAGCAACACCAUCCAGGCUAGUAGAUAUUCUACUUCUCUCAUUUAAAUAUCCUAUCAGGAACUUGUCUGUCUUACAUUUACCACAAGUUUUGCAGGAAACAGGUCCAGGUUUCCAUGCAGAUAAUGACCAGUCAUCAUCAUAUUUUAAUAACAGCUUGCCAUGAAAUUUGUAACAGGUCGUCGAAGAUACAAGGCAGUCGAUGCUCUUUGGUGUCAGGAAUUUGUAUUAAAAGGAUCGGUUGAGGAGCCUUUGUGGAAUUUUAGUAUUGUGCAUCCAUCUUUAGGUGAUGUGGGUUAGACUGUCCAGUGUGGAUUGUACACAUAUGGGAUGAGCAACUUCACUUAAAAAUGACCAAGGGUGUUUCUAUGCUUUAUUUAUGAUGUAUGGAAAUGACCAUUUUCUGUCUUUUUAACAUGGAUUCUAUUUUUCAUCCCAUAUUUGAUUAGGUUCAGU